AUGGCGACGGAGGAGUGGGAGCUGCCGGAGGAGGACGCCGCCUACGACUACGAGUUCGAGUUCGACCUCGAGAACCCCUUCACCAGCCCCGCCGACGAGCCGAUCGCCAGUCUCCUCGACGCCGAGGCCCACCACGCGCCCUCCGUCUCCGCCGCGGCCUCCGCCGCCCGCCGGAACGCCGUCGCCUUCAUCUCCAAGGUGCGAUUCGGCGGCGAGCUCGCCGUGCACCCGCGCGUCGCCUACCUCGCGCUCAACUACGUGGAUCGCUUCCUCUCCAAGCGGCAAUUGGCGUGCGAGCAGCAGCCGUGGCCGCGGCUGCUCGCCCUCAGCUGCCUCUCCCUCGCCGCAAAGAUGCAGCGCGUCGCAACAUUCUCCAUCGACGAAAUCCAGAGGAACGAGGACUUCAUGUUCGACGCGGCGACCGUCCGUCGCAUGGAGCGCUGGGUGCUGGGCGUGCUUGAGUGGCGCGCGCGCUCCGUCACGCCGCUCGCCUUCCUCGGCUUCUUCCUCUCCGCGUGCUACCCGCCGCCCCGGCAUCCCCCGCAGGUGGCUGCCGUCAAGACGCGCGCCGUCGACCUUCUCUUCCGCGCUCAGCCCGAGGUGAAGAUGGCAGAGUUCUCGCCUUCCGUGGUGGCGGCGUCGGCGCUGCUGGCCGCCGCCGGAGAGGUCGCCGCCGGGAACCUCCCCGCGUUCCAAGCCGGCGUGGCCGCCUGUCCCUUUGUAAAUAGCGAGAAGCUGCGGGAGUGCGGUGAGGUGCUGGCGGCGGCGUGCGGCGUCGGGCCGGGGCGGGCCGCUGCGAGCGCGGACACGCCGGUGACGGUGCUCGGUCACCACCGCAGCGCCAGCUCCGCCUCGGAGAGCGACUGGACCAUUGGAUCGGCGACCAACGGACGAGGCGGCGGCGGCGACGCGAAGAAACGCUGCAUGGGCCCACCAUCGCAGUGGGGGUAG